AUGGCUUCAGAAAAACGCCUUCGUCGGAUAUCACAAUCCAACCCGCGUUCUCCAACAAGCCCCAAAGCAAACGGUCCUAAACGCUCCACCAGCAUCCGCCGCGCUUACAACUACUUCUUCCACCCAGAGGGAGAGGUGAAGCACAACAGAUCAGUUCCCGAAAAGCAGCCCGAACAAAAGAGUUCCGCAGAACCUUCGAAGCCACCACAGUCACCCGCAUCUCAGAUCGAUAGCCUUCAGAGGGAAUUGCAACAAUGUCGGAAAGAUCUAGAAGAGGCUCGGGAGAUGGUUCUGUCCCAGGACAAAGAAAUCACGCUCCAAGAAGAGAUCCGUCAAAAGCGAGAAGAGGAGUAUAAGGCGAAAGAGGAUGCACUCAAAAAGAGAAAGGCAACACUGGAGGAGAACAUGGUCACUGAAGUCGUGCAACAAAUCAAAGAUGCACAAAAGGCUGAGCGGGAAGCCGUCAGAGCAGAGCUUACUCAGGAGCACCAAGCCAGUUUGGACGGCAUCCACCACAAAUACAAGUCCAGAGUGGCUAUCAUGACUCAAGAGCUGCAUGACGCAAGAGCUGGAAAUGAGUUCCUCAAAGCCGACUAUGAGUCUCAAAUCUCGACUCUUCGUGCCCAAGUGGCCUCCAAUUCCAAUGAUCUUGAAGCUGCCAAGAGUGCUCUGGCAGAAACCACCGACACCCUGAAAAAUGUGCAGCAGGUCUCCACCCAAGCACUUGAACAAUCUCAACAUGCUACAUCCUCCCUUCGAUCUGAACUAGAAACUCAGAUUGCCGCACUGACAGCAGAACUAUCAAGUGCCCAGUCAGGACUUCAGACUGCCGAGUUGAAUAUCGACGAGCAUGUCAAACGUUACGCAGAGCUUCAGGCUUCCUCGGCGCAAGUACUGGAGGAGGCUGAUCAAUCACUCGCAUCUACCAAAACACAAUUAGAAGCUCAAAUUGAAAUGCAACAAGGAGAGCUUUCUGUGGCAACAGAAUCCCUCACUGCUGCCACCGCCAAGGACGAGGCUGGUAUAUCAGCCCGGAAAGUGCUAGAGGAUGAUCUAGCAUCUGCUAAGACCCAGAUCGCAGAACUCACUACAAGCUUGGAAGACUUUUCCGAAGUUAAAGAGGCUCUUACUCAGUCUCAAGCCAAAGUGGCAGACCUGGCAAAGCAAGUUGAGGACUAUUCCGCCGUUCAGGCUGCCCUUGAUGCGUCUGUUGCAAAGGUUCUCCACCUCAGCUCGGAACUGGAAACUGCAACAUCCUACAAGCAAGACCUUGAGGCAUCUACAACUAAAGUUGCUGAAUUAACCGAGGAGCUUGAGAGUUCCGCAGGUGCCAAAGUGUCCCUAGCAGCUGCGGAGGCCAAGAUCAAGGAGCUUCAAACUGAAUUGGACACAUUUUCUCAGCUCAAGACCGAGCAUGAGGCUGAGAAAGAGCGUUCAGCCAAUCUCACCAAUGACAUCGAAGCUCAUCUUGCCUCCAUUGCAGAGCUUGGUCAGAAACAUCAGGAUGCGGAAGCUCGAGCUUCAGCAUCAGAGAACAAUCAUCAAUCACUUGCUACCGAGCUGGAAGCUUUGAAAGCAGAGCUUGCAGGUGAACUUUCUAACCAUGGUGUUACCAAAGACGAAUACGAGAAAGUGAGAGCUGCAAUAGCUGCACUCGAAGAAGCAAAACUGGCUGCUGAUACGAAAGUGACUGAGCUAGAUACAAGCCACACAAAGCUCACAACAGAUCUGACAGCAGCCCAAGAACUUGUGAAAGCUGCCGAUGCUGAUAUGAAGUCUACCCAGGCUGACAAGGUUCGACUGGUUGAAGAAAUAGCAGCGGUAACUGCUGCGAAGAGCGCUUUGGAGAUACAGUUGUCCGAAGCAGACGCAGAAAAGUCAAGGAUGAUUGAAUCCGCGACUACUGCUGGAGCUGAUGUUUCCAAAUUGAAGGAAGAGCUCGAUGCGUUGAAAGCAUCAGGUGAAACGGAGACAGAACAAUCAAAUCUGCUUCAGGCUCAAAAUGCUACAUUGGCCGAGGAAGUAGAGGCUCUGAAAACCCAGAUCACAAACCUGACGGAGUCUGCAAAUGCCGCCACCACCUCAAAGGAUGUUGCAGAGCAGAAACUAGCAAGUAUUGAGUCUGAGAGAAGUACCAUGGCUCAAGAGCUGGAAGCUCUCAAGGCGGCCAGCGGCUCUUCAGAAAUCACUAUCAGUACUCUUGAAGCAGAAAAGUCGAAGCUUGCAGCAGAUCUCGCAACUGCUGAGACUGCUCGCUCCGAAAUCGAAAAAGAAUUACUUGCUGCUCAAACCGCUACAACGUCUAACCAUGAAGCCCUAGAAAAGGCAAACACUGAUGCACAAGCAUCGCUCGCUGAUUUGCAGAGCAAGCUCACCGCGGUCGAGGAAUCUCAUAAGCAGACCUUGGCAGAGUUGGAAGCCUCAAAGGCAGCAUCGGAGACAUUGAAAUCUGAGCUCGAAACGCAGCUUUCUGAGGCUCAAGAGGCUCAAAAGGCUGCUGUCGAAGCUCUCGCUUUAGCACACGAGAGCGGUCAAGACCUAGAACGUGGUACUCAGGAGAAGUUGUUCUUUGCCCAUGCCGCCCAGCUAGCAGCUGAAGAAGCCCUGGCCAAACUGCAAGACGAAACCGCAGCAUCUACAGCCGAUGGCGGAAACAAGCUCAUUGAAGCCGAAGCGGCCCACCAGGCAACCGUGAAGGACUUGACAGCAGCUCGAGAAGCUGCCGAAUCAUCAGUUGCAGCACUGCAACAACAACUCGAAGAGGCAAAAUCUCUGGUUGAUGCCAAUGCAGGCCUCGAAGCAAAGUUGGUGCUCUCCGAAGAGUCAAAGAGUGCCGCAGAGAAAGCUGUCAAGGAGCUUGAACUUUCGAAGACUGAGCUGGAAUCCAAGGUGACAGAGCUUACCGCUACCAAUAAAGGAGAUGCCGAAGCAGAGCUUCGCGUGAAAGAGAUUGAAGCAGAGCUUGCGUCAUCGCGCGCAGAGUAUAGUGCUUCGCAAGUGAAAGUAGAAGGUCUUGAAGAAGAAUUAGAGGCCUUGAAAGCCAGCCAGAGCACUGUUGAGACCGCCGCGGCGGACCUCGAAGUCAAAAACCAGGAGAUUCAAGCCCUUACAGCAAGUAAAUCUGCCGUCGAGUCGGAUCUAAAAGAUGCAGAAUCGAAACUGGAGACACUGCAAACAGAAAUCGAUUCGUUAAAAGCAUCAGUAACCUCCGCCACCGACAAGUCCGAUAAAGACCUCGCCGCCAAACAAGAACAGCUGAAGAGUCAGACUGAAGAACUCGACUCCGCGCGAAAGGAGCUAGCAGACAAGGCCAUCGAAAUUGACGAGCUUAAGGCCAGUCUACUGGCUUCGAAGGCCGCAACACCACCACCGCAAUCGCCAUUAUCACCAACGUCUGCCAGAACGGCAGACGAAGACGAUGACAAAGCCUCUACCGUCGCUAUUGUGAGCAGCGCGAGCAGUGGUGGGAAGAAGAACAAGAAAAAGAACCGCAAGUCCGGUGGCCAGAAGGACCUGGUCAUCCCUGAGAAUGAGACCGUCCCGGGGCCAGCAGACGACGGCAAGUCCGAGACGACGGUCAAGACUGAAGAAGUCGAAGCCAGCCCUGUCAUUGCUGCGGCGCCGGAGGAGAGUGAAGUGGUGAAUUGA